AUGAAUCAAAAGAAAACUAUAUCAACCUUAAUUGUCCUCGGUUCGGGUGGACAUACAACAGAAAUGUUUCGCCUAUUAUCGGGCACUGACCCGAAUGUCUACAAGCCAAGGCAUUAUAUGAUUGCGUCAACAGAUAAAAUGAGUGCUAAGAAAAUGAAUGAAUUCGAAAGGAAUACUCUAGAAGAUAUGGAUGUCACUUUCAUCAAUCGCAGUCGGCAUGUUGGACAAAGUUAUAUCAGUUCAGUUUUCACGACGCUAUGGGCGUUUUUCACCGUUAUUCCAUUUGUUUAUCG